UGGCUCUGUGUACAGUCACUGCCUGCUGUGUAAAGUAGAAACUGAGGGAGGGUCAGAGAUGCCUGUGUAUACUAUGGUGUGAUGCCACGUAAUGUGUAAAGUCAGUCCACCUGGCACCUGUCACAGAGAGAGUGGCCCGGAGGAGAAUAUCCCAUUGCAUGAUGCAGGUUGCCUUGAAAGACAUAGGCUGCGCCGUGGAGCUUCAACAGGUGUCAGCCCGAAGCACUCUACUCCUCCUCCUCCUGGUCAGCGGACUCCAAGCCAGAUCACUGCAGCCAGAUAUUGAGCCUAACAUAAAAGAGGCAACUUUCCAUGACAAAUCAGAUACCUCAUGCCAGGGAAGAUGUGGAGAAAAGUAUAAAAAGAGUGAUCCUUGUCAUUGCAACAAAAAGUGCGCCAAAUACAACAACUGCUGCAGUGACUAUGAUAACCUGUGCAGUGGAGGUGCCAGUGCAAAUGGUGGAGGCGCCAGUGCAAGUGCACACAGUGGUAGUAGCAGUCACCACAGAGAAGCAGACAUCAGCAAUGAAGAGAUUAAAACAAUGUCCGAGAAGCUGUAUAAGUGUGAUGUAAACAAAGCUGUGGAUUCUGAUAUUAUUUUAAACAAGCAAGAAAUGGCAUCUAGCACCCGAAAUCCCGAAGAUCUCUGCGAGGAGCCGUUGUACCAAUAUGUGAAUGAAGAGAUAUUGAAACGACCAACCUUUGCAGUGUUCAUCUCUUUGCUGGACAAUUACGACAGAAAGACGGGAACAGAUGAAACACACACACCAGAGGAAAUUCAGGAGCAGAAGAAUUUCUUGCAGGAAAUCAUGAAGACCAAAGUUAUGAAAGAACUUUAUACAUUUUUCCACCAAAAGGGGCUGUACAGUACCGAGAAGGAGUUUGCUGAUGACCUGCAGAAGAUGUGGUUUGGACUUUACUCUCGGUCUAAAGGAGAACAAGAUUCUAGCGGAUUUGAGCAUGUGUUUGUGGGUGAAGUAAAAAAAGGUCAAGUAUCUGGAUUCCACAGCUGGAUCCGGUUCUAUCUUCUGGAAAAGAAAGGCAUGAUGAAUUAUUACAGCUAUAACUACGAUGGGCCGUGGACACAUUACCCUGAUGUGCUUGGACAGCAGUUUAAUUGGGAUGGCUUCAAUAAAGAAGUUGGAACCCAAUUCAUUGGCUCAAGUCCUGAGUUUGACUUCGCACUCUACACCCUGUGUUUUAUUAGUCGUCCUGGUAAAAAGUGCCAACUGAGUCUGGGAGGAAAUACCAUCUCUAUACAAACCUAUGAAUGGACCAAGACCACCUAUGAUAAGGGAAAGAAAUUCAUUGCUACAGCAUAUCCCACAUUUUAAUUUGUGAUUGACAAUCUUACAAGCAUUCAUUCAGCAUUAGAAAUCAAAUUUUGCCUAUUACACCCUAUUAACAAUCAGAUUCCCUCAAUUCUUUAUUACACAAGAAAACAUUGGUUAUGUUUAUUCUAUUCAAAGGUAUUAUCCAGUAAUAUUACUCCACAUGAUUAAGGGUCUACUGUAGUAGUCUACUGAAGUUCACCUAUAUGGGGCAUCAGGAUGGGUACGAUAUCCCUGCAGUUGAAAUCCCGAUGGAUCCCAGGAAUUUUUUUAACCUUAACCCGCCCUUCCCGCAGCCUAACCCUAACCCCACCCAGGCUAACCCUAAAAUCCCUUCCCACAGCCUAACCCUUGACAGGCAGAGGCGUUUGGGGGGAGGUAGGGGGCAGCUGGCAUUGUCAGAAAAAGGGUGUGUGUUGCUCCCGUUGCCUGGGAGUGGCGAGGCCAAGGGGUGUGUGUCGUGAGACACAGUUUCUUUCGCCCCACAAGCCGCCCUGCUAUGGCAAGUCUGAGUAAGCUCAGACUUACUCAGCCUGCCAUUGCAAAAGAACAUCACGACCAAUGGUCGCGAUGUUCAUCCAGAACUGCGAUCUCAUUGCAGUAUUGCUAUCGCAAAUGUAGGAAAGAGGUGCUAUACACCUCCUCCUGCACUUGCAUUGCUAAGCAUUGCAUUUGCAAAGAUGCUGCGAGCAGCUUUGCAAAUGCAGUCUUUACUGAAUUAGGUCCUAUAUACUGUAUGAACAAUUUUUAUUGCCUUGCUCAACUUUCUAAGAACACUAGUCAGAAACGAAAAUAAGGGCCUGAUUCAGAGGUGGAUGCAGGAUUGGUCGUUUCUGCGUCUUUGGAAGCAGCAGAUCUGACAAGGUAUGUCAAUUAUGUAUGUGUCGUCUAUUGAAUUGAGACACCCACCUGCACCUUACCAGAUCCACUGCAUGGAUCCGUAGAUGUAGCAUUGGAUCACUAUCACAACCAUUCUGCUAGCCUUCACCUCAAUGUAGCUGCUGAGGCCAGUGAAUCUGCCUCCAACUACACAGCCACUGGCAUUACCGCGCCUCACAAAUGGGGUAUACUAUAAAUAGCACCCCCUCCCUCCAUUUCGUGAAACGCUCCCCGGCCCCAAAUGGCUCCAGGGUGUCAAUCACAGUGCGAGCCGAUUCACAGUGCCACCGCCGUUGCAGCAGCAUUGCUGCACAUGCAUGCUACGGCUCCGAGGCAUGCGCAAACCCCCCCCCCCCCCAAAAAAAAAAAAGCAAGCCUGAUCAUGGUAGCUGGCUUUGUAUUGUGACAGGUAUAGACACAUAAAAAGUGAUCAGAUAGGAAAUGCAGGUAAACAAAUACAUUUGGCAGUAGGAAGAACAGUAAAUGCUCAGGAAAGGGACUUCCGCGGCGGCUUGUCCUCUUUACCAAUCCCAUGCAAGAACACCUGCUGGAAAUAUUGUGUGAGUUCUGAAUGAAUUUGUUACAGUAAGAUUUUAAUAAAAUUGUAUUAUGUUCAAAAA